AUGGCUUCCCAAUGCCAGCGAUCAUCGCCGGCCGGCGCUGCCGUACUCCUCCUCUCCUUGUUAGUGCUCGUCCAUUACGCCGGCGCCUACCCGCUGGGAAGGAGGCAGAACUUGGCCGUCUUCUGGGGCCGCAACAAGGACGAGGGAUCGCUGAAGGAAACCUGCGACACCGCCUACUAUAACAUCGUCAUCAUCUCCUUCUACAGCGUCUUCGGCCAUGGCCGCUACUGGGGCGACCUCUCCGGCCACGACCUCCGCGACGUCGGCAACGACAUCAAGCACUGCCAGUCCAAGAACAUCCUCGUCCUCCUCUCCAUCGGCGGCCAGGGCGACCAGUACUCCCUCCCUUCCUCCCAGUCCGCCGCCGACGUCGCCUACAACCUCUUCUACUCCGUCCUCGGCGGCCGACGCGCCGACGUCUACCGCCCUUUCGGCGACGCCACGGUGAACGGCAUCGACUUCUUCAUCGACAACGGCCCGGCCGACCACUACGACGACCUCGCCAACCGCAUCAACAAGUACAACCAGAAGAUCCGCGACCCCAUCGGCAUCAUGCUGACGGCGACCACCAGGUGCUUCUACCCUGACCCGAGGAUGAAGAAGGCGCUCGACACGAAGCUGUUCUGGCGCAUCCACGUCCGCUUCUACGACGACCCCAGGUGCUCGUACAACCACGCAGGGCUCGCCGGCGUCAUGGCGCAGUGGAACAAGUGGUCAGCGAGGUACCCCGACGGGCUGAUCUUCCUGGGGCUCGCAGCGGCCAACGUGACGGGGAAGAACGACAUGGUCGCCGUCGGGGAUCUCUACAGGAAGCUUCUGCCGGCAGUGCAGAACACGAAUAGCUACGGCGGAGUGAUGCUGUGGAACAGGUACUAUGACUCCAAGACUAACUACGGCAGAUACGUCACGCACUGGGCUUAA